AUGGCUAGUGAGGCUCAAGGGAGGACAUACCUCUCCUUGCUUCAAGCGUGUGAUAACUUCCCAUACGACAUCGUGCCCUCGGACACACACUACCUGUUGUUACUACCCAAUGAUGAUCAACCACAUGGGUAUUUACUUCCCGAGAUCGUCCAAAAAAUGCCAUGGACGUCUCACUUCCAAGUUAAUCACAGCACGCCACGGACUGUGUCAGUGCUAGACUCCUCUAACGGGAAAGACACAGCUGGCGCAGUCAAUGCGGCGUUCUCAGAGCUGAUCAAUAUCUGCAUCGAGCAAAACCUCUUCCACAUUUUAGAUGGCAAACACAGCGAACCGUUCGCCAUCGUGAGCGCAAAAUACCCCGUUCACAUGGAGCGCUUCGCAGCCGCGCUGUUUGGCAUCACUAGCCGGGGCGCAUACAUUACGGCGUACACCCAAACCCCCGAGGGGGAGAUGAAGCUCUGGGUCGGCCGUCGCGCGGCUCAUUUGUAUACGAGUCCCGGGAUGUUAGAUGGGACAGUAGCAGGUGGCAUCAAAGCAGGAUCCAGCCCCCUCGAAACCAUCAUCCACGAAGCCGACGAGGAAGCCUCCCUCCCGGAGAACCUAGUGCGCGAGCGUGUGCGCUCGGUCGGCGUCCUGACGUACAUAACGGCAACCGGCGCUGACUUCCCCGGGGAAAAGGGGCUUGUCAUUCCGGACGUCAUAUACGUCCACGACCUCGAGCUUCCUGGCGAUGUCGUCCCAAGGCCAAAUGACGACGAGGUCGAAACGUUCUACUCUAUGACUGUCGAGGAGGUGCAAAGGGGCCUGCUGAAUGGGGAGUUCAAGCCUGAUUCGGCGGCUGUACUUAUUGACUUCUUCAUUAGGCAUGGUGUUAUUACUGCGGAUAACGAGAAGGAUUUUGUUGAGUUGAGUAUGCAGUUGCAUCGAAGACUACCUUUUAGGACGCCUUGA